AUGCUGCCCUCGCAGGAGGCCUCCAAGCUCUACCACGAGCACUACAUGCGGAACUCGCGGGCCAUCGGUGUGCUAUGGGCCAUCUUCACCAUCUGCUUCGCCAUCAUCAACGUGGUGGUCUUCAUCCAGCCCUACUGGGUGGGCGACAGCGUGAGCACCCCCAAGCCUGGCUACUUCGGCCUCUUCCACUACUGUGUGGGCAGCGGGCUGGCGGGCCGCGAGCUCACCUGCCGAGGCUCGUUCACCGACUUCAGCACCAUCCCGUCCGGCGCCUUCAAGGCAGCCGCCUUCUUCGUGCUGCUCUCCAUGGUGCUGAUCCUCGGCUGUAUCACCUGCUUUGCGCUUUUCUUCUUCUGCAACACGGCCACCGUCUACAAGAUCUGCGCCUGGAUGCAGCUUUUGGCAGCUCUGUGCCUCGUGCUGGGCUGCAUGAUCUUUCCCGACGGCUGGGACGCCGAGACGAUCCGGGACAUGUGCGGGGCCAAGACCGGGAAGUACUCCCUGGGGGACUGUUCGGUGCGCUGGGCGUACAUCCUGGCCAUCAUCGGCAUCCUCAACGCCCUCAUCCUCUCCUUCCUCGCCUUCGUGCUGGGCAACCGGCAAACAGACCUGCUGCAGGAGGAGCUCAAGCAGGAGAACAAAGAUUUUGUGGGCUCUACGGUAAGCUCCGUGUUGCGGCCAGGGGGUGAUGUCUCCGGAUGGGGUGUCCUCCCCUGUCCUGUCGCUCACUCACAGGGACCCUGA